GUCAACACGUUUAUUUGUGUCUAUAUAGAAUAAAGAAAUGAAUGAAACAAAACAUUAACAUUAACAACCAUCAAGAACAAGGAUUCAAGAGACAGAGUAAUUCCAUUCUGGUUCCAACCAUUUGGCCCAAAACCAAAUGGCUUGGAAUAUCCACUCUCACCUCUUAUUCUUAUCAUCAUUAUUACUAUUAUUGUCCAUUCUUUUUCCCAUUCAUGCUAAACUCAACCUCCACCCUUCAGACACAAAAACACUCUCAACUAUCCAAAACAACCUCGGAUUCAACCUUAACCCCACCAACCACCCAUGUAACACUCUGGGCGUGUUCUGUGAAAAAAGACUCUCCAACAACGAAACCUACACACUACGAGUUACAAGACUCGUUUUCAAAUCAAAGAAACUCAGAGGAACACUUUCACCAAUAAUUAAACACCUCACAGAACUCAAAGAACUCUCUCUUUCUAACAACAAACUCGUUGACCGAAUUCCACCCUCCAUCGUUGACUGCAGAAAGCUCGAGAUUCUGAACCUCGCUAAUAACCUCUUUUCCGGUGAAAUCCCCUCCGAAUUCUCAUCUCUCAUUCGUCUUCGUGUCCUUGACAUUUCGUCAAACAGAUUCUCUGGUAACUUGAAUUUCCUUCGCUAUUUUCCAAAUUUAGAAACUCUCUCCGUCGCAAACAAUCACUUCACCGGAAGAAUCCCGGUUUCUAUUCGUUCAUUUCGUAAUCUCAGAAACUUCAAUUUCUCCGGUAACCGUUUUCUCGAAGGCUUGCCAGAGAAGCUUCUAGAAUAUCAAGAUACUGAUACCGAUACUUUCCCUAAACGCUACAUCUUUGCCGAGAAUGAAAAGUCAAACUCAAGUUCAAAUUCAAAUUCAAAUUCAAAUUCGAACAAAACGAGGAUUCAUUCCCCUGCAGCUGCACCUGGUCCAGCAAUUGCACACCACAAGCAUAAGAAGAGUAAGAAGAUAGCUGGAUGGGUUCUAGGGUUUGUUGCUGGAGCAUUUGGUGGAACACUUUCUGGACUUGUUUUUUCUGUAUUGUUUAAAUUGGCUUUGGCUUUGAUUAAAGGAAAAGGAAAAGGUUCUGGUCCUGCAAUUUAUAGUUCCUUGAUUAAGAAAGCUGAGGAUUUAGCUUUCUUAGAGAAAGAAGAUGGAUUAGCUUCAUUGGAAAUCAUUGGAAGAGGUGGUUGUGGUGAAGUUUACAAAGCUGAAUUACCAGGUAGUAAUGGAAAAAUGAUUGCUAUAAAGAAGAUUAUUCAGCCACCUAAAGAUGCAGCAGAGUUGGCUGAAGAAGAUAGUAAGCUUUUGCAUAAGAAGAUGAGGCAAAUUAAGUCGGAGAUUGACACUGUUGGUCAGAUUCGACAUCGGAAUCUUUUGCCUUUGUUGGCUCAUAUUUCUAGACCUGAUUGUCAUUACCUUGUGUAUGAGUUCAUGAAGAAUGGAAGUUUGCAGGAUGUUUUGCACAGAGUUGAAAAAGGUGAAAUGGAGUUGGAUUGGUUGUCAAGGCAUAAGAUUGCGCUUGGUAUCACUGCAGGUCUUGAAUACCUUCACACGAGCCAUAGUCCGCGCAUAAUUCAUCGUGAUCUCAAGCCUGCUAACAUUCUUCUCGACGAUGAUAUGGAAGCUCGGAUUGCUGAUUUUGGACUUGCCAAAGCUAUGCCGGAUGCGCAAACACAUAUAAGUACUUCCAAUGUGGCUGGAACUGUGGGAUAUAUAGCACCUGAGUAUCAUCAGAUAUUCAAAUUCAGUGACAAGUGUGAUAUAUAUAGUUUUGGGGUUAUGCUUGGUGUGUUGGUAAUAGGGAAGCUUCCUUCUGAUGAAUUUUUUCAGAAUACAGAUGAGAUGAGUUUGGUUAAGUGGAUGAGAAAUGUGAUGACUUCGGAAAAUCCCAAGGCCGCCAUCGAUGCGAGGCUCAUUGGUAAUGGUUAUGAGGAACAAAUGCUUUUGGUUUUGAAGAUUGCUUGCUUUUGCACCAUGGAGAAUCCUAAGGAGAGGCCUAACAGUAAGGAUGUUAGGUGUAUGUUGUUCCAAAUCCGUCACUAGUUAAUUUGAUGAAUAUAUAUAAGAAAUAAUGUGUGAUAAAGUGUGUCUAGUGAUAUCAAUGUAUUGAUAAAUGAUAGAUGUUGGUUCAAAGGUUAAAGGGAUCAUUAUAAUAGUCUUGUCUUCAUUACAACAUGCUGAAUUUCAAGAAAGGAAAAAGUGAAAUUCAGCACUGUGAUGAUCUAUGUCUAGUUGAAUACGAUACAACUUGGUUGCACUAUGUGUAUUUAUCAAGAACAUAAAGUACUCCCAUAUUAUAACCAUACUUUCAUUCUGAGUAUUAUCA